AUGAAUAACAACAAAACCAACAACACCAACAACAACACCAACGAUUCCAGCAACAUCAAGAACACAGGAUGUGCUGGUGGAAAGGAUGUGGUAGUCUUGGCGUACAGUGGUGGCCUCGAUACCUCCUGCAUACUCGUCUGGCUCAUUGAACAGGGCUAUGACGUCAUUGCUUAUGUGGCCAACAUCGGGCAGAAAGAUUCCUUCGAAGAACUGAAAUUCAAAGCCCUGAAGCUAGGAGCUAAGAAGGUGAUCAUCGAUGACGUCAGGGAGAAAUUUCUUGAAGACUACGUGUGGUACUCCAUACAGAGCGGUGCACUGUAUGAGGACAGGUACCAUAUGGGUACCUCCCUGGCUAGACCCUGCAUUGCCAAGGGCUUGCUGGAUGCGGCUGAUGUAGAAGGGGCUAGUCACAUCUCACACGGUGCCACGGGCAAGGGGAAUGAUCAGGUGAGGUUUGAACUAUCCGCAUACUCGCUCAAGCCAGAUAUCAAGGUGAUAGCUCCGUGGAGAAUAGAGGAAUUUCUGGAGAGAUUCAACGGCCGGACCGACCUUUUCGAAUAUGCCAGACAACAUAGCAUACCACUUCCAGUCACUCCGAAAUCGCCGUGGAGUAUCGAUGCUAACUUGUUCCACGUCAGUUAUGAAGGGGGAAUACUGGAAGAUCCUGAAGUUGAAUCUCCUAGUGAUAUCUUCCUCCUCACCAAACAUCCAAGUGCCGCUCCAGACCAACCAUGCAGACUGGAGAUUACCUUUCUUAAAGGAGUGCCAGUAAAAGUGAAGAAUGUAUCAACCAGUGAGGAACGUGAAAGUUCACUGAAACUCUACGAGUACAUCAACGAGAUGGCGAUGGCACAUGGCGUCGGAAGAAUCGAUAUUGUUGAGAACCGCUACAUCGGUAUGAAGUCCAGAGGCAUCUAUGAGACGCCAGCAGGAACGGUAUUGUACCAGGCACACCUCGACCUUGAACUUCUGACCCUAGACAGAGAGGUCAGAAAAAUUAAACGACAUCUCGCUGCUAUGUUCGCUGAACAGGUCUACCAAGGCUAUUGGCACAGUCCAGAAGCCGAAUACGUGAGAUCGUGCAUAAGGAAGAGUCAGGAUGACGUCACAGGCCAGGUGACAGUUGACCUUUAUAAAGGUCAAGUGUACAUCAUCAAGAGACAUUCUUCUAGAACGCUGUACAACAAGGAGCUUGUGAGCAUGGAUGCAAAGGGGGACUACGACCCGCAAGACGCUGGUGGAUUUAUAAAGAUUCAGGCUCUUAGAUUGAAGGAGUAUAGGAGGCAGCAUAGCACAACAUCAGCCACAAAUAAAUAACUUGAUGGGAUCAUUUAAUUAAUAAUAAUUAAUUUUAUGAAUUUAAAAUCAAUUCAAAUUUUCCAUAUGUCAGAGUAUUCUUUAUAUCAUUAUUAUUAAUUAAUUAAUAUUAUUUAUUUAUUUAUUGGAUAACAAAAUUUUACAAACAGAAAAGCCCAGAGACCAUAAAUAAAAUAUGAUAAAAAAAGAAAUCCUAACUUAAUUAACAAUCAAUUAAUUUAUUAAUCAAUUUACUAGUUGAUUAGCUAAUUAUUCAAUUAAUUAAUUAUAAAUUCAAUUCAUAAUGAUCGAUUAAUUUCCUAGCUCUAGUCUACACAACUCAGAAACCAUCCAAAACCAUUUCUUAACAACAUUCAAAAAUAAUGACAUCACAAUAAUGAUAGUUAUAACAAAAAUAGUAAUAACAACAAGAAUAACAGUUAUAACGAUAACUACACACUCGUAACAUUAGCCGGGUCUUUUAAACAAUUAUCAGAAAACUAAGGAAAGCAAACAAUUCCGUGAAACUUUUAGCAGUGGUUAUAAACUACGCCUUAAACGAAAAAAGAUUUAAAUAGUUCAUUAUGAGGUUUUCGAGUUUUUAGUUUCUAUUUUGGGUUUUUCCCUUUCGCCUUCUUAGAAACAGGAGCUGACGCUGGCAUGGGUUUUCCCGAAAUUGCACUAAGAUGGGCUUUCAGUUUCAACAAAACUUUCACCUCUUCAUCUAUUUUCGUUUUCUCUGCCUUCUGCUCCUUCAGCUUUCUCACUACAUCACC